CCCACAUGGGCCUUAUUUCCCUAAUAAUAUCUAUAUCUAUCGUCCCACUUCAUUCUUGAAAGCAAGGUUGCUCUGUCUCUCUCUCUCUCUCUCUCUCUCUCUCUCUCUCUCUUUAAAGAAACCUUUCUUUCUUUCCCAUUACAUUUGUUCCGAAGAAGAAGAAGAUGAAGAGAUCAAGAAGCUAUGUUUUCCUUUUGGUUGUAAUAAUCCUAAGCUUCUCAGUCGCUUCUUCUGAAAUGAAACUGGGGUUGGAGGACUACAACUUCCCGGUGGAUCCAUCUCCAACAACAAAAGCAUCGAUCAAACCAGGUCCUAUCGAGCAUGGAAGUCCUCUCAAUCCUUACAUUCCAAAGCCUCCUUCUUCUUCACCUCCUCCACAACCUCAAGAUGGUGGUUAAACUCAUUAAUUACUACUAUCAAACUGUUUUGUAUCUAUAAACAAUUCCCACGUUUUCUAUUUUUAAUUCCUCUGUUUCGGCAACUCCUUUGUACUACUACUAACAUUGUCGUUUUCUCUACUCUGCUGCUAUGUUAAUUAUUUUUGCCUUUUUAUCAGCAUUUUGUCAGCUCGUGUAGUAGUCCUACUGCUGUCCAUUUCCGGUAA